AUUGUGGUUAAUGUUGUUUAUAACAAUAAAGUGAAUGACAAUGUCUCUUUUCAACGUGCGGCAAUUCUUCGGCACGUUAUAUCAACGUUAUAUGUUCUCAUUACCAGCAAUACACUUAUCUCGCACACAAAAGAUUUUUAUUAUUUGCUUCACUAGUGGUUCAAUAUUACUGGGAGGACUGGCACAAUUUUUGAAGAGACGACGAAGACAUCCUAUUCCACCUUCCAGAAGGCACUACAGAGACUACAAAACAAGAUUAGGAAAUAUCAAGAAUGCUAAUUUUGAUGUAUUAUCACAAGCAUCUUGGGCAAGAAGAAGUGAAGCCAGUACUAGAAGUCAUAUUAGCGAUCGUGCAUCACUCAUCUCUUCUGUGCCAGGUGGUCCAGACAAUAAUGAAAAACUUACUCCGCAACAAUAUGGUGUUCUUGGACUCGAGGCACUGGAGAAGGCCCUUUAUUGCUGGGAAGAUGCCCUGACCGCUUUCAGUUCGGCUCUUGGCAACGACACUCUGGCCCUGCCGUCGAAAGCCGACGCGGCGUUCACCCACGAUGUGCAGGAGCUGCUCGACAUGGGCUACCAAAUCCAAAGCCACGCGGAAUUGCUCUUCCUCGAUCAACACUCCGUUUUAUUCCGCAACGACAGCGAGGAGAGCCUCGACAAACCUUCAAACUUCGGUGCACGGCUAUUUGGUUUCAGGGAUAAAGCUGACGUCGCAUCGUCACCAGAAUCGUUCGAAUCUGCACGUGACGGGGUUGCGGAUCUGCGUGAAUUCGAAGAAUUUUCAGAACUAUUUCCACACUUUGAGAAGCAAAAGCUUUAUCACACUGCUCUUAAACAGUACGAGGAUAAAGGCAUUCCUUGCAGGAGACUACACACGGAACUCGUAAAGUGCGGAUCAGACGUGGAAUAUUUAGCGAAAGUGUACUGCCUGCGUCAGGCCUAUACGAAAUUAUUUAAUUUACCUACAGCAACGGCAUAUAUAGUUGACGUAGGUCGUCAAGUUAUUAGCGAUUUAAUUAUGUACGCAGAUAGGGAUCCUAAGGAUUAUUUAAUGUACUACGAGCGUAUGAUGGAGUUCCUACAAGAGCCACGCAAUCAUAGUAUCAUGGAGGAAGAAUUGACCGCCCGAGGUGUCAAAUGCAUGAACUUUUACGACGUGCUUAUUGAUUUCAUACUUUUAGACGCGUUCGAAGAUGUGGAGAAACCACCGUCGUCCGUCAGAGCUAUCAUUCAGAAUAGAUGGGUGUCCGCUAGUUUUAGGGAAACCGCGAUAGGAACGACGCUCUGGUCCGUCCUGGCAGGCAAACGAAAGAUGCUGAAAUACGAUCAAGGCUUCUUGGCGCACUUCUAUUCCAUCUCCGAGCAAAUCUCACCGAUGUUCAUUUGGGGAUUCUUGGGUUCCGAAGAGAGCCUACGUUCCACUUGUCAUUAUUUUAGAGAACAAGUAAUAGAGUUUCUUGUAGAUAUAUUUAAUUUCUUUAAGGUACGGUAUACCACGGUUGACGAUCUUGCCGUGGAUAUUCUCAGGGAAAUGAAGUUAAGAGUCGACAAUAUAAAUCAAAGGCUGUCAUUAGAAGGUUGCUAGCCAAAUUAAAUAUGUUUAGGCAACAAUUUUAAUGCAAUAUGUUGA